AUGACAGAAGAGAGACUGCCGCCACCACAGCAACAGGCCACGGUCGAUAAGCCCAACUUCCUGCUCUCGGUCCGGCUCAAGUAUGUCAAGCUCGGCUACCACCACCUCAUCUCCAACGCCAUGUACUUCCUCCUCAUCCCCCUCCUCGCCGUCGGCUCGGCCCAAGAUCUCCUCAACCUUUGGGCCCAGCUCCAAUCCAAAUCUGUCUCUCUCAUGCUAUGCACCUGCCUCAUAAUCUUCCUCGCCACCCUCUACUCCACCACCCGCCCCAGAAAAACCUAUCUCCUCGACUUCGCCUGCUACAGGCCCCCAGGACCGGACUUGCUGCAGUGCACCCGCGAGAUCUUCUACGACAAGUCCAUCGCGGCGGGGACGUUCACCGACGACAACGUGGCGUUCCAGAAGCGGAUCCUGGAGCGGUCCGGUCUGGGCCAGAGGACGUACCUUCCCGAGGCAGUGAUGAGGGAGCCCAUCAACCCAAGCAUGGAGAUGGCGAGGAAGGAGGCCGAGGAGGUGAUGUUCGGCGCCAUCGACCAGCUUCUGGACAAGACCGGGGUGAGGGCCAAGGACAUCGGGAUCCUGAUCGUCAACUGCAGCUUGUUCAAUCCCACGCCGUCGCUGUCGGCCAUGGUGGUCAACCGCUACAAGCUGAGGGGGAAUGUGAUGAGCUAUAAUCUUGGUGGGAUGGGGUGUAGUGCGGGACUUAUCUCCAUCGACCUCGCCAACCAGUUGUUACAGGUACAUCCCAACUCGUACGCGCUGGUGGUGAGCAUGGAGAACAUCACCCUAAACUGGUACUUCGGCAACGACCGGUCGAUGCUGGUGUCGAACUGCCUCUUCCGCAUGGGCGGCGCCGCCAUCCUCCUCUCGAACCGCUCCUCCGACCGCCGCCGCUCCAAGUACCAGCUCGUCCACACCGUCCGGACCCACAAGGGCGCCGACGACAAGUGCUACAACUGCGUGUUCCAGAGGGAGGACGACACGGGGCGCGUCGGCGUGUCACUCUCCAAGGACCUCAUGGCCGUCGCCGGGGAGGCCCUGAAGACCAACAUCACCACGUUGGGUCCUUUGGUCCUUCCCAUGUCGGAGCAGCUCCUCUUCUUCGCCACCCUCGUCGCCCGGAAGGUGUUUCAGGUUAAGAAGAUCAAGCCAUACAUCCCGGACUUCAAGCUGGCGUUCGAGCACUUCUGCAUCCACGCCGGCGGGCGGGCGGUGCUGGACGAGCUUGAGAAGAACCUGGACCUCACCGAGUGGCACAUGGAACCUUCUAGAAUGACGCUGCACCGAUUCGGCAACACGUCCAGCAGCUCGCUGUGGUACGAGCUGGCCUACAGCGAGGCCAAGGGCCGGAUCCGGAAGGGGGACCGGACUUGGCAGAUCGCUUUCGGGUCGGGUUUUAAGUGCAACAGCGCGGUCUGGCGGGCGCUCCGGACGGUCGACCUGGCGAAGGAGAAGAGGAAUCCUUGGGUUGAUGAGAUCGAUGAGUACCCUGUACACGUGCCCAAGGUCUCCUCCGUUAUGAACAAGGCCGCCGGCGGGAAUGAAUAG